UCUCGCAUACACAUGAUCUGACAUCUUUCGAGCAUGGUAACCUUCAAACUAGUCAAAACAUCCACCAUGUAAAUAGCAACAAAAAACAAUUAUUUUUAAAAACAUUUAACUAGUAUGUCCUGCAGUGUCUGCUGCAUUUGCUUCAGGACAAGUGAGGGUUUAAAGGCAAUAAAUACCCCAGAUGAGAACUCUUUGAAAUUGAGCGCAAAACUCAACUUUGUCGCGCCCAAGCUGGACUGGUCGGACAUAUUCUCCAUAUGCCCCGAAUGUAAUGAGCAACUGGACAACGCUUACAACUUCAAGUUGUUGUGUUUAAAAAACGAAUCAUCUCGAAUGGCCUUUGAUAAAUCCUCCUUGGACGAUCAGCUUGAUGAUGCCUUUCAAGCAGAGCAUCUCCCAUUUGGGGAAGAGUCCGAAAUAAAGGACAUAGGCUUAAAGCCACUUCAAGCUCUUGAGCUUACAUGCCCCCAUUGUAGGAAAACGUUUAAAUCCCAAAGAACUCUAGAGACCCACUUUAAAAAACAGCACGACAAAACUUGCCAGCUAUGUGAGCAAAGCUUCAGCACCAACAAAGAACUUCUAAGGCAUAAGAAAGCUGAGCACCAUCGGCAGCAAGAAUCAUCGAAGUUUCAAUGCGAAAUUUGUGGGGAGAAAUUCGCGCUGCUUAAACACAUUCUCCAGCAUUCGAUGCAAGUUCAUUUAAUGAACAGGAAGGAUAUAAAACCCUAUUGGUGCGAUCAAUGCAGCAACAAGUUUUCCUCCUCGACAUUACUGAUCCAGCACAAAAAGUACCAUAAUGGUGAAAGAACGUUCAUAUGCACCACUUGUGGCAAGUCGUUUGUAACAAAGCGCGACUUAAGCGGACAUGAAAAACUCCAUGAUAAUGAAAGAAAAUACAGCUGCGAUAAAUGCCCGAAGAACUUCAAUACCAGCCAGAACCUUAAAACUCACAUUUAUGUGGUUCAUACAGACCCAAGUAAAUGGAAGUACUCCUGCUCGGUGUGCGGGAAAAAGUUCCCAAUGAAGAGCAAUUGCAAUGAGCACAUCAAACGGCACGAAGGCAGCAAAGACUUUGAAUGCCACAUUUGCGGGAAAACAUUCAUCAGCAAUUACGAGGUGAAAAAGCAUGUGAAACUGCACUCAAACAUUGCCUUCUACAAAUGUGCGGGAUGUUUGAAACACUAUCGCGAUAAAAGGUCGUUGGAUAGUCAUCUGUAUAAGAUUCAUGGAUUGGGAACGAAGAAACCGCCAAUACGAGUGAAGAAAUUUGUGUGUCACAUCUGUCCUAGUCAGUUCUUCGAUAAUCAGAAACUGCAAAGACAUAUUAGGGCGCAUACUGGAGUGAAACCCUUUAGGUGCCUUGAAUGUGAUAAACGGUUUAUCGAUAAGAACUAUUUGAGUUCUCAUCUGAAAAACGUGCAUGGGUUUGAAGUGAAAACAGCAGACACUAUGCGCUGAACCCGCAGGCCCGCCGGCCAAUAUGCAGAUUUCGGAGGCGGCCGGAGGGGUUCCGCAACCGGGGGCGGAACCUUGUCGCUUUCCCAAACUGGAGGAAUGCGCCCAUUUUCACUACGAAAGGGUGCAACUGCCGCCUGCUCUUCAAGUCGCCUUACAGACCAGCAUGGAUCAAUCACUACAUUCACAACACACAAAUGAAGAUGAAGACGCGGAAUGGUUUAUGGUGCAAGUGACAUCCGGAGACGAAUGCUGGCUGGUGCAACGCAACUUUGAGAACUUCAAAAUGCUGGACGAACAACUGCAUCAGUGCAUCUUCGACCGAAAGAUCUCCCAGCUGCCGGAUCUUGCCAGUAUGUCGAACAACGAGGAAGAUCUCGAG